UGGAUGCAUGUCCGGUAUUGACUUAAUGUCUGAAAAGAAGAAUUAAAUUAAUUCGGCACCAUCACGUGCCUUGGUUUGCCGAUGGUUACUUCAUGCUGCCUCAAGCUGACCGUGCACUACAGUGACCACCGUCCGGAAGCAGUGUCACAUCGCAUUCUGUAUUGAGAGUCUCUAGGGACCCCUCCUGGAGGUGCUGCCAUAUAAAAGGAGAGACUCGCCCCUCCUGGACAAAUUAAACCAAGACUGGCCCGACGCGCCUGUGCUGCGCUUCAUGGAUGCUUCAGCAGUUGAGCAUCCUCAGCCCUGCCCAGCUCAGCGGAAUUAACUGUGACACGGACACAUCGGACCACUCUCUCCUCUUCAGGCUACUACUACAUAUACUAGAGUUUUUGCAAGAGCUGCCAUGGCGAACAGAGGGCCCAGCUAUGGACUGAGCCGAGAGGUGCAGGAGAAGAUCGAGCAGAAGUAUGACCCGGACCUGGAGCAGCGGCUGGUGGACUGGAUAGUCUCACAGUGUGGAGGAAACCUGGAGAGGCCGCAGCAGGGCAGAGAGAACUUCCAGAAAUGGCUGAUGGAUGGAACAAUCCUCUGUAGGCUUAUCAACAGCCUUUAUCCGAGGGGAAAGGAGCCUAUCAAGAAGAUUCCAGAGACGCAGAUGGCCUUCAAACAAAUGGAGAAGAUCUCUCAGUUCCUGCAAGCAGCUGAAGCUUAUGGAGUCACAACCACUGACAUAUUUCAAACUGUGGACCUCUGGGAAGGAAAGGACAUGGCAGCAGUGCAAAGAACUCUUAUGGCUCUGGGAAGUGUGGCGGUCACUAAGGAUGAUGGCCAUUACCGAGGUGACCGAGACUGGUUUCACAGGAAAGCCCAGGCGUAUCGGCGAGAGUUCAGUGAGGAGCAGCUCCGCCAAGGCCAGAGUUUGAUCGGCCUGCAGAUGGGCAGCAACCGCGGGGCUUCCCAAGCUGGUAUGACAGGCUACGGUAUGCACCGUCAGAUCAUGUAGACCACUUACCAGCUAACCUGCUCCCCUGCUUCCAGACCUUGUUUUCUACUAAAACCACAAAAGUAGUAACCUUCUUUGUAGCACCUGCCAUGUUAACCUCAAUUUCCCUGAAACUGCUGCUUUCUAUCUUAAUAAAUGAUGUCAAAUGCUGUAGGUGUCCUUCUUCAAGCUCUUUUCCUGGUCAUCCAUUCCCUUUUGCCACAUGCUGUUCCCUCCCUAGCUUUGUUUACUCUGUUUCCCUGCUUUCCAUGUCCAAAUGAUUACUUACUCAGAGUCAUUCAACAUCAAUUUAUUCUUAUGGAGAAUUUAAGAUUAAAAUCUUUAUACAAAACAAGCCAUAAGUGUUUUACCCAUUUUCAAUCUGUAAUACUGUAAGUCACUGUUACAGCAUGGUGUAUGCUAUUUAUUUGUAUUUACAUAUACACGUAUUAACAUAAUCAUUGGUCAUUGUUUUAGAAUGGUCUGUUACUGUUUAAUUAUUUUGCCUUAAACUUAAUGGAACUCAACUACUGACGAUGUCUCUGCUAUCUUGUCCGAAGACUUGUUGCAGUAUACUCUGUAACCAAAUCAACCUCACGUUGUGCCUGGUUAUGGGACUACAGAGACUGGGUCCUAAUAUAUCCCUCAAAUUAUAAAUGAGUUUCAUUCAUUCUGAGCCAUGCCCUUGUUAUUUGUUUGUUAGAUUACAUCUUUUGUCCAUGAUGUGUCCAUUUUGUGUCCAAAUGUGAAGUUUCCAUUUCUGGUGCCAUGUAAAGACAUUGCUUGAAUGUGCACUUUUAUGUAUUGUCAUGUUUAUAUUUUUAAAUAUAUUUAUAUCUGGAGGCUUGUGAGAAGAACUAUUGAAAAAAUAAAGUAUGUGAACAUA